GAUUCCGCUACCCAAUCCUAAUUUCCGCAUUCCGCAAAAGUUAAAGAUCAGUCUUUCAUUUUGCAGAAUUCCACAGCCAAAUCCUAUUGAAGUCAACGGGGCUUUGAAUUUCAGCGGAAUUCUUUGUUUGGAGCACACAAUUCUGCAAUUCCAUUCAUCAAUCUUUUCAGAACAGAAAAUGCGCGGAAUUGCGGAGAUUCUGCUGUCUGAACAUAGCCUAAUUUCCCGACCUGGGAGCCUCCAGCUGUUACAAAACUGCAUUUACCGCAGAUGGGCAACCGCAUUGUGUGUUUUCACAAUCUGGAUGCUUAUUAGUUUUGUGAUCAAAUAGUCACAUGACAUGUCGGACAGCAUGUUAGGGUUAAUCGUCGGAUUCCAUAGAUUUUAUGCCCUAGCUAUAGCAAUGUGAUCCAAGCGCUGAUCCCGCUCCUGGUUUUCUAUUGAGCAGGUUUUCCCAUCACACUUGGAGUGAUUUACUAGGGUUUUCUUUUGCCACAUAGUGCGCCCCCUACAGAUCAGGAUAUACAAUGGUAAUAUCACAAGGGGGCGGGGCUAUGCAUAGAUAAUGAUGGGGCAGGGACUAGGUGGAUUACCGUACAGGUAACGCAGCAGUGUGACUGGCGCCAGUGAUUGGCGUGCAGAGUGACAAGUGAAUGACAGAGGGCGGGGCCGCAGGACGUGGAUCAGGAGAUCCGGGGUAUAAUCCGCGGUGUGGCCCUGCUGACGGAGCGGAGCGGGAUGGAGAGGCGUCUCCUGCUCCCGCCAUUUCUCAGCUCCGUACACGUUCCGGCCAGCAGGCCCUCCGCUCGGCUCUAUCAGUAUACACAGCCGGGGCCGCCCUCCCGUUGGUGCACACCGCCGCUUGUGGUGCUGGAGCCGGGCGGCAGCUAUCACGUCAGCUUGAGGCCGCCACAACCAGAGUAUGGCAAAGUUCCUGCAAGCACGCAGAAGACCAGGUAAACGGAAGAAGCAGAAACAAUGGACAGCAAAGAAGACAGAGGGUUCCAGUUUUAAAGCUGCUAAGGUAAAAGAACAGACAGAGGAUAAGCUACCCUGGUACUUCAGUUUGCUCCAGUCUUUAUGGCUCAGCAUUCACAGUAUAAGAAAUGUGGCGAGUUCCAUAGUAAAAGGCUUCAUAUCUUUAUGUUUGUGGAGCCAUAACAGUGUGAAAAAGCCACUUGUUUUCCUUAUAAAUGUUAUCUUGCCACCUAUCCACUACUAUCGUGAACAACGCACAUUGAAACGGCGCUUACAUAGACUUGAAAUUGAGUUUCUAAAGCUGCAGCUAACACUUCAGACUAAAGACACCAGUUCAAGUUUAUCUGGAAGUGCUUGCUGCUGUAGUUGUCAACAAGCCAAGACACUGCCUCCUGAAAGAAAGUCUGAGGUGGAGGCAGCUGGAGCAGGUCUCCUGCCUUCCCUACCACCUCCACCACCCCCUCCACCCCCUCCACCGCCUCCACCACCACCACCACCAGUUCCACCUCCAAGUUUUGAAAAACAUCUGCCAGCUUUGAAGAAAGUGGCAAGCACUCGACCUCCAAAGGCACUACCUGUAAAACAAGAAGGACCCAUUCACAUAACAAUUAAGGAUCUUCUGAAUGUCAAGUUAAGAAAGACCAAAGACAGUGUAGACAAACAAAAAAAGGUGUUAAAUGGAAUUCAGCGCAUUCCCCUGAUAACUACAUCAGCACUUCAGGGUGUCAAACUAAAGGUUUCAUGCAGCAUGCCACCAAAGCGUCUCACAAAUAUUUUUAAGGAUAAACCUAAUAGCCCAUUGGAUGUCAGGCAACGUCUAAGAAAGGUUAAUAUGGAAAGGAGUCCAGGAGGAACCCCACUAUAUGACAGAGAAAACAAAGAAAAUGGAACUGGGCUAACUCCACUUAUGACGAAAGCUUUAAGGCGAAAAUUUCAGCUUGCUCACCCAAAAAGUCCAUCACCACUGCGAAGGUCCCCUUUGAACCACGGUUUGGAUCACCCCCACUAGCAGUGCACAGACAGAAAAAGAGUCCGUAAUAACAUAUCACUGUGUCCACAUCUGAACAUUUACAUCAAAGUGAAGUGCAUGAUAUGUGCUUGCCCAACUUUUUAUAAUAAUGACACAUUUUUUAACUGAAAGUUUCACUGGAAGAAACCACUAAGUUAGAUGUAUUUUAAUAAUUGAGGAAACCACUAAUGUAUUUUGCAUCACAUAUGAUUUACUCGGUUCUGUUUGUGCAGAUAUUUUUCUUUUUUAUAGAAUCCAGUGACAUGUAUAAUACAGUUGGUUCUCUGUUAAACACGAUUGUAUCACAAGUGUUGGGCUUCCCAUAUCUAGUGGCACAUUACUAUUACAGUGGUCCUGAUAUACUGAACGAUGAUGUUCUGGUGAAUGAAACUUAUUAUUGUGCUUUUUAUACAUAUACAGUAAUGAAUAAGAAAAUAAUUUGCAUCGCUUUUUGAACUAAUGCACCAUCUGUUCUAAUAAGGCAGUGGUUGUUUAACACCCGAGACUCUUGUUGCAUUGCACUAAUAAGUUGGUUCCAAAUACUGGAGAGGACAUUGCUCUUAAUUUGCACAUUUUUAUGUUUUUAUGUUUAUUUUAUAUGUGCUAUAUUUCUGUGUAUUCUGUUGUUUGAGAAAAUAAUUUUAGGGUGCUUAAACCACAUUUGUAUUCUCUAUUUUUCUGUAACUCAGUGAGCUUGGCAUGAAUAUACCUGCCUGUGCCACACUAUCAGCAUGUAGAUAUGAGAACUUUAUAGUUGACUGUCAUGUUCUGCAUGUAAACAACCACGAACAGCCAGUUCAGUGCAACUUAGCCUAAACCCUGCCCUGGUUCAAUAUAGUCCAGAAGUUUUGACAAGUUAAAAAAAAAUAAAAAAAUAAAAAAAAAAAGGAUUAAUUUAGAACACUUAUGGGGUAUGCAGCUCAUAUGCAGCAGUCAUAGUACAACUGCAUGCCAUUGGAAAAAUGUUGUAUUGCUGCCAUAAUGCUGCUCUUUCUAGGUCUAAACGUUAACUUCUAAGGCUUCUUUCACACUGCCAUUGUGACCCCACAGUCAGCGGAUGUUAAAAAAUGAGGGAAAAAUAGCGGGAGAAAAAUUACUGCAUGCACUGUCUUUUACUCCCCCUAAGAAACUAACGGCACCCGACGGACCCCAUUAUAGUCAAUGGGAUCCAUCGGGACCUGUUGUGCCUUGUCCCAAUAAUGGCCGUUAAAGGCAAAAAAAAGAGUGCCUAAUAGCUGGUUUUGGAUGGGGCACGGUGGCAGUGUGAAAGAAGCCUAAGCUAACUAGAGAUCUGCUCCUUUUUAAGAACUGAAAAUAGAAAUAGAUGUGGUAAGUGGUUGAAUGGCUUUUUCCAUCUGGAUAAAUGCAGGUUCCCCCUUUGAGAACCACACCUUUCUUGAGAUCAAGGGCACUCUGGCCUGCUUGCAGUGGCCAGAGGUGGUCAGGAAGCCAAAAACAGCUGAACUGUCUGUUUAUUGCAGUUUUCAUAACUCCCAUAGAAGUUAAUGGGAGUUGCAUAAACAGUGUUAGCACGCUAGCUACGCUGUUUCCAUAACUCAGGUUGCCCUCAGUCUCGAGAUACAUGUAUCUAUUUUACAUUUGUAAUAUGUGUGGAUAUGCCAUAAAUAGCCUGUUGAAAAUAACCCUUUUAUAGUCAUCUAUCCUUUUUACACCAGAGUGUGGUUACAGUAGAGUAUGGCAAGGAAAUGCAUGUUUGUAAUACAAACAGAAUUUCUUUUAAAGCGUUACUGUCAUUAAAAACAACUUUUGACAGGUUGAUCAGACAUGUUAAAAGUUGUUGAUCGGACCAGAUCUCACUCCUGAGACCCACAGCAAUUGUGAGUUAAUAGCCGGGAAAGUGGCUAACUUUAUGCUUGGGUCCCUGGUCAGUGAGAGAUCUGUACAGUUUUUCUAUGUAGACUUCCCUGACACCAGAUAAACCUAGUUAUGCAGUGGUUCCUUUUCCUUUCAGUUGUAUAACUAAGCCAGUUUACUUUUCAGGACCUUUGGAAUGCUGGGUAACUGUGGGUUCUGCAUUGGAGGUCAUAUUUUUUGUGAUUCAGAUUACACAGAAGCUGCUAUAACUUAAAAAAACAAGUAUUUUUUAAAUGUUUUGACUGAAAAGUCAAAGACGCAUUUACUGGUGAUUUUAAAAGAACAAAAUGACAUUUAAUAAAUCAAAACCUCUUUAAGGCGACCACUCAAAUUUAAAAACGCAAAUAAAAAGUGGUCGUUUAGGAAGGUGGCCUUCUCAAAGAAAAUGGGCAGUAUGGAUAAUAAAUGCUGGAACUGAAUAUCUGUCAUGGAAAAUCUGGUCUGGAUGAGGGUAGGGGGGUGGUCACUGUAUUUUAAAGUGUGUGUACUCAUGUUAGCCAGCUGAGUACAAGCAUGUUUACCUAAAAUACUUUUUUUUGCUUACUGCUUCUGCCUGUUAUACAUUGCCAGGAUUUUCCAUCCUACAAGUUUACAUUAAAGCUCAGAACUCUUUAUGGGCCUAUAUUGUAUUGUAACACAUCUCUAGAAACUGGAGAUUAAGCUUGGAGCUUAAAAUUCUACUGAGAAUGCCGUACUAUUUGUCGUUAGCCUUUUUAACAGACUGUCUUGUUUUGUUAAUAUUUAAAUAAAACAUUUAAAAAAAGAA